AUGUCGAGCCAGCACGUCCAGGCCUACAGCUCCCUGAUGAAGGGCUUGACUGAGCUGGACAUCCGUGGGUCUGACGUCCCGAGCGUUCUCGAUCUGGUUGGAGAUCGGGCCUUCCCACUGGUGAUGAACAGCCACGGACAAAUCCUGAUGGCCGCCUCCAUGUACGGCUCCGGCAGAAUUGUAGUCCUGGGUCAUGAGGGUUUCCUGACCGCCUUCCCCGCUCUGACGGAGAACGCAGUCUUUUGGCUGCAGGGAGAUGGAACCGACGACCGUCCAGUGGGGGUCCACCAGACCGUCGAGGCAGUCGCCGACAGCCUGAGCAAAUCCUGCAGCCCAACUACUGUUGUGGAUGGCUUCGACAAGAACUUGGAGCUCGCCGUGUUUGUGACUGACGCCAAAUCUGUUUCUGGAAAAGAGGAAGACCUGGUGGAGUUCUUGAGGUGUGGAGGGGGAGUUCUGAUCGCAGGGCACGACGAGAACGCCGCUCAAAAAAAUCCAGCAGAAAACACCAAGUUCCAUUUCGUAGCCAACGCUGUCACCAGUGUGGCUGGGAUCUACUUCACCCAACACCCUGCUACUGUUGAGCUGCUGCCUGUGCCCCCACAGAUCCCGUCAUCCUGGAAGUCUUUGGCGGUCAGGCACAGGCCUGAAGAUGACUUGGAGGUUCUGCUUCAGGGUAUUUCAGAGUUUAAUCUUGUCACUUCCCAUGUGCCCUCUGAACUCCUGGUUCACGGGCCGAAGGCGUUUCCCAUCGGCGCCACCGAAAACGGCGAGACCUUCCUGGCUGGAGCUCACUACGGCAAAGGUCGGAUUGUGGUCAUCGGGCAAGAAGGACUGCUUGGAGCUGAGUCACUGGUUCCUUUCUGGAAGAACGCUGUGACUUGGCUGGACCAAGGUCGGAACGGCACCAUCGGAGUUUCGCCCACGCUCCCAAGAGUCUACAGCCUCUUCACCAGUUAUGAGAUCAACUGUCAGCAGAGAGACUUCAGCAAAGACCUGAGCGUGUUUGUGUGUAAAGCCUAUAUUGACGAAGACAAAAUAACAGAGCUCCAGGAGUUUGUGGCAGAGGGAGGAGGGAUGCUGGUCGGAGGCCAAGGCUGGUACUGGGCGCACACGUACCGAAAGAAGAAUGUGCUGACCGAUUUCCCAGCUAACAAGUUCCUGUACAAGAUGGGGGUGAGCAUUCUGGGCAAGAUGAUCGCUAACGCAGUGUACCAGGCUCCUCAUCCCAGCCGGGACAUCAGGGAGGCUUACCACCUUCGUCACAUGAUCCACCACUUCACUGCUCACAUGACGCAAGGAACGGACCUGACCAAACACGAGGAGGCAAACCUGAAAAAGCUGGGCAGCGACUCUGCCGUCUUCCUGCAGAUGAAAGCUCACCACUGUGCCUCCUACUCUCAGCUGUUGGACGUCAUCACAGACGUGGUGAAGACAUGUGGGCUACCUCAGGUGACAGAGAGCACCCCGGUCUCCACUGCCAAAGAUCACGCACUGCUGCACAUGGGAGCAGGGUUAUACAGAGCCCACCCCAAUCGUGACAAACUGCUGCCCCACCUCAUUAAGGACAUCCCAUCCCUGCCUGUUGUCAACAACUACAAAGUCAUAGUGGAUGCAGACACGACAGGAGGAGAAGAAUGGAUCAGUACUGGGCUCUACCUUUCUCCCGGCAUGGAGACCUCUGUAGUUGUGCCGGAGCAGAUCGUCGACAAGGGGUGGGAGAUCCAAAUCGGGUCUCAAGCUGACACUUUGAGAAAAGACCUGCUGAAGAGGCCACCGCGCGUCUGUGUGCGCUUCCCGGUAACAGCACGAGAGACUGAGGUGUACAACCUGUACGGAGGCCUCAUCUACCUCGUAGCUCCACACCAGACCCAGAUGAGUGAGCUGGAGAUCACAGUGGAGUUGGCUGUGCUGGCUCCGUAUUACAAAUUUGGCGUCACCACAGCAGAAGACUGGUCCAAGCUGCGGUCAGCCCCGGCUCCCUGGGCCGAGCUGGAGUUCGACAACAUCAUCCUCACUGUUCCCUCCAGAGUUGUACGGGAACUGGAGAAGCCUGAAGAGUUGGCGGAACAUUGGAACAGCAUCAUGAAGGCGAUCGCUGAUCUGGCCGUCAUCCCAACGAAAUUCCUCCGCAAAGAGAGAUUUGUGACGGAUGUCCAGAUCUCUCACGGUCUGAUGCAUGCUGGGUAUCCCAUCAUGUCGCACCAGCCCACAGCCGCUCAGCUGGUCAGCAUCGAGCACAUGAUGUCCAAAGGCCUGUGGGGUCCGAUCCAUGAACUGGGCCACAACCAGCAGAGAGGAUGCUGGGAGUUCAAGCCGCACACCACAGAGUGCACCUGCAACAUUUGGACUGUGUACGUGCACGAGGAAGUGUUUAAGAUCCCCAGAGCUAAGGCUUACCCAGGCCUGACCCCGGAGAAAAGGAAGGCCCAGCUGGACCAGCAUGUGAAAAAAGGCAGAAAAAUGGAGGAUUGGACUGUUUUUGUGGCCCUGGAGACAUACCUGCAGCUCCAGGAGAAGUUUGGCUGGGACGCGGUGAAGAAUGUGUUCGCCGCUUACCACAACAUGACCAGCUUUCCUGCCGACAACCAAGGGAAGAUGAACCUGUACGCUGAGACCUUUUCCCAGGUUGUGGGGAUGAAUCUGUGCGAGUUCUUCAAAGCCUGGAGCUGGCCGAUAGAUCCGAUCACGGAGGAGAAGCUCUGCCACCUGCCUGCGUGGACAGAUCAUCCCAUGGUCCACUACGACUGA